UUAGUCGCAAUUGUGGGUGACGAAUGACGAGUGACGACUCGAGCAUUUCCCAAGGAGGAGAAUGGGCCUAAUCCAAAAUCGCCCACCACAUCGUCGAUAUCCUCUGUAUCUUUACGAAGGAGGAGGACAUGUAGCCUAACUGUCAAACGGGACGACAGUAUCUCAUUUCAAGAAUUAGGGGGAGAAACUGCAGACCAUCUCCGGAGAAUAUCAAAGGACACAGUCAAAUAUCAGUGUGUGUGUGUGUGUGUGUGUUAGCAACGGAUUGCAGUGCAUAGCAAAAAAUUCCCAAAAAGAAGAAGAACGCGAGAUGUUGUUCCAGGUCGGAGGGCAAGGGGAUCGACCCACCUUCUUCGAGAUGGCUGCUGCCCAACAGCUUCCCGCCAGUCUCCGUGCUGCCCUCACCUAUUCCAUCGGCGUGUUGGCUUUAAGGAGACCCUUCCUCCACAAGGUUUUGGACUAUGAAGAUGAGUUCUUUGCUAUGCUUAUGCUUGUUCUUGAGACUCAUAGCUUACGAACAACAGAUGCUUCUUUUGCUGAGUCUCUAUAUGGGUUGCGGAGAAGAUCAGUACAGUUGAAAAUAAAGAAUGACAAUGUUAGAUUGAUAAAAGGGGAGAAAUCUCAGCCCUCUGGCCUCGAAAAGCGUCAAAGAAUUCUCUCGGUCGUAUUUCUGGUGGUCUUGCCUUAUUUCAAGUCAAAGUUAAACUCUGUAUACAACAGAGAAAGGGAAGCCAGACUUCAAGCAAGCUUGUGGGGAAAUGAUGAUGAAACAUUUGAAGGCACUUCCUAUUUUGAUGGAACAGAAGCUUCUCCUGUUCCCAGUAGGACUUCUGAUACACAAGUGACAGUUAGAGCACGCCUGAGAAAGAAAGUUCAGAAGCUUGUUUUUGCUUGCUAUCCGUUUCUACAUGCUGGCGUCGAGGGGUUGUCAUUCAGUUAUCAGCUACUAUAUCUCCUUGAUGCUACUGGCUUCUAUUCCUUAGGGCUGCAUGCUCUUGGGAUUCAUGUCUGUCGAGCUACUGGGCAAGAGCUGAUGGAUACAUCUUCUAGAAUAUCUAAGAUACGAAGUCGUGAGCGUGAGAGACUCCGGGGCCCUCCAUGGUUAAAGGCAGUACAAGGAGCACUAUUAAGAUGUUCGUAUACCAUGCUUGAUUAUGCACAAACUGGACUAAUUGCGGCAGUAUUCUUCUUCAAAAUGAUGGAAUGGUGGUACCAAUCUGCUGAAGAGAGAAUGUCAGCUCCAACUGUGUACCCACCACCUCCUCCACCACCACCUCCAAAGGUAGCAAAAGAAGGGAUUUCACUGCCAAAUGAUAGAACUAUGUGCCCAUUGUGCUCACAGAAGCGAGCGAAUCCAUCUGUGGUAACAGUCUCGGGCUUCGUCUUCUGUUAUGCUUGCAUCUUCAAAUACAUAUCACAGUACAACCGUUGCCCCAUCACGUUGAUGCCGUCAAACGUCGACCAGAUAAGAAGGCUCUUCCACGAUAUGUAGGUUAAAGUUUUGGUCUCUGGAAGUUCCAGAGAACCCCAUAACACACUUAGCCGCAUUCGAAAUAAUGUUGUCAUGAAGCUGGCUGUAGGUAGAUCGACAUAGUACAGAGGAAUCAGUGUACUGCAAAAGUUCGUAUAGUACAUUUACAAACAUUCUGAUGGUCAUUGGCAAUUCAGGGUUGAUGGGUUUGCUCGUUCUCUCUUUCCUAUAGUUAGUCUGUAUAUUACUUAUCAACUAUCCAGUCGAUUUGAGAGUUCCAGAAAACAGAAGAGCAAGUUCUAUAGCAGUGGGCAUGAUCCCAGGCUCGAUCCAGUUGAUCCAAUCAAUUGUAGACUUGUAGUUCCAGACUGAAUCAGCACAGUUCUGGGUGUUAAAAAUUAUUCCAAUUAAUCAUUAUAAAGAAA